GCAAUUUCACAAAAAGCCUCGCUAGAGGAAUGUGCAAGGACAGAAGGGAAACUGAGGAGACCCGCAACUCAUUAGCAAAAUAAUAGGGUGCACUUCAAUAAAAAUGCGGUCCUGAAGUGGAGCGGACUCACCUGCAAGGAGCCCGGAAAAUCGACAGGGGCGGCGGCAAAAUACUAUCAAAUCAGCCUGGGAAGCAGCUUUUCGCUCAGCAAGUUCAAGAGAACAAAUAUGUUAUAAUCCUUGCCUAUUCUUGCCUCCACUUCAUAAUGAGUAGAGAAUUGAACUGUGAAAAAGAAGCCCGAGAUCCCCCAGCGAAAUAGUGUUGCAGCCCCGUUGAAGGAGUCAACUUGCAGGCUGUUAAAGACCUCAAGUCAUUAGAAUCAGCUGCUGCACUAAAGGGGCAAGUCAGCGCCUCUAAGUGGCUUAGCGCACAAACGAGGCUCCCGAGACGGCCUCGGCAACUCCAUCCCCUCCUCCACCACCCGCUGGAUGUGAAAAGCUUUCCGGAGCCCAUCUUGGAAGAGCCUAAAAGGCGGCAACACCAACACCUCUUGACAUGGAAAUACACUGAUACAAUAGGCAAAAAGAAAUACUCGAUUGCAUCUUCCCGGUUCCAGGUGGCCUUAUCUGGGAGAUUCUAUACCGACCUUAUUCCUGUGAUGGAGGAUACGGGCAUCCAGCGAGGCAUCUGGGAUGGAGAUGCCAAGGCUGUCCAACAAUGUCUGACAGAUAUUUUUACCAGCGUUUACACCACCUGCGACAUCCCUGAGAAUGCUAUAUUUGGUCCCUGUGUCCUGAGCCAUACUUCCCUAUAUGACAGCAUAGCUUUCAUAGCUCUCAAGUCUACUGACAAGAGAACAGUACCGUAUAUCUUUCGGGUAGACACCUCAGCAGCAAAUGGUUCCUCAGAAGGUCUCAUGUGGCUGCGGUUGGUCCAAUCGGCCAGAGAUAAGGAAGAGCAGAACCUCGAAGCCUACAUAAAAAACGGACAGCUGUUCUACCGCUCUCUCCGCAGGAUUGCCAAAGACGAGGAGUUACUAGUUUGGUACGGGAAAGAACUGACUGAGUUACUCUUGCUCUGCCCCUCUAGAUCCCACAACAAAAUGAAUGCAGGGUCGUCCCCUUACACAUGCCUGGAAUGCAGCCAACGUUUCCAGUUUGAGUUCCCCUAUGUGGCGCAUCUGCGUUUCCGCUGCCCCAAGAGACUUCACAGCGCUGAUAUAAGUCCCCAAGACGAGCAAGGCGGCGGCGUGGGCACCAAGGACCACGGGGGCGGCGGCGGCGGUGGCAAAGACCAGCAGCAGCAGCAGGAGGCACCUUUAGGCCCGGGUCCCAAGUUUUGCAAAGCCGGCCCCCUCCACCACUACCCAUCUCCCUCCCCCGAAAGCAGCAAUCCACCCGCUGCCGCCGGCGGCAGCAGCGCGAAGCCAUCCACAGACUUCCACAACCUGGCCAGGGAGCUGGAAAACUCCCGGGGAGGCAGCAGCUGCUCCCCAGCCCAGAGUCUCAGCAGCGGUAGCGGCAACGGCGGAGGCGGCGGCCACCAGGAGGCGGAGCUGAGUCCCGACGGCAUCGCCACGGGCGGCGGCAAAGGAAAGAGGAAAUUCCCGGAGGAGGCGGCGGAGGGCGGCGGUGGCGCGGGUCUGGUAGGGGGCCGGGGCCGCUUCGCAGAGCGGCCCCUGCCGGCCUCCAAGGAGGAUCUGGUGUGCACACCGCAGCAGUACCGAGCCUCGGGCAGCUACUUCGGCCUGGAAGAGAACGGCCGCCUCUUCGCGCCGCCAAGUCCCGAGACGGGCGAGGCGAAGCGCAGCGCCUUCGUGGAGGUGAAGAAGGCUGCCCGCGCGGCCAGCCUGCAGGAGGAGGGGACAGCCGACGGCGCGGGCGUCGCCUCCGAGGACCAGGACGCUGGCGGCGGCGGCGGCUCCUCCACGCCCGCGGCCCCGUCGCCGGUGGGCGCCGAGAAGCUGCUGGCCCCGCGGCCCGGGGGCCCGCUGCCCAGCCGGCUCGAGGGCGGCAGUCCUGCGAGGGGCAGCGCCUUCACUUCGGUGCCGCAGCUGGGCAGCGCGGGCAGCACUGGCAGUGGGGGCGGAACGGGCGCCGGGGCCGCAGGCGGCGCGGGCGGGGGCCAGGGCGCCGCGUCGGACGAGCGCAAAAGCGCUUUCUCGCAGCCAGCACGCUCCUUCUCGCAGCUGUCCCCGCUGGUGCUGGGCCAGAAGCUGGGCGCGCUCGAGCCAUGCCACCCCGCCGACGGCGUGGGCCCCACCAGACUCUAUCCCGCCGCCGCAGACCCUCUAGCGGUGAAGCUCCAGGGGGCCGCGGACCUGAACGGAGGUUGCGGGUCCCUGCCGAGCGGCGGCGGCGGCCUGCCUAAGCAGAGCCCCUUCCUGUACGCCACCGCCUUCUGGCCCAAGAGCUCCGCUGCCGCUGCAGCCGCGGCUGCGGCGGCGGCCGCGGGGCCGUUGCAGCUGCAGCUGCCCUCGGCGCUCACGCUGCUGCCGCCCUCCUUCACCUCGCUGUGUCUGCCCGCGCAGAACUGGUGCGCCAAGUGCAAUGCCUCCUUCCGCAUGACCUCCGACCUAGUGUACCACAUGAGGUCGCACCACAAAAAGGAGUAUGCGAUGGAACCCUUGGUGAAGCGGCGGCGAGAGGAGAAACUCAAGUGCCCCAUCUGCAAUGAGUCCUUCAGGGAGCGCCACCACCUCUCCAGGCACAUGACCUCGCAUAAUUGACUCGGAAAGGACCCCAGCUUUCCACGCGCGCGCACGCACGCACGCACAGUCAAGCCACCUGCAGGAAUAAACACGCGAGAACAUCCACCGCUUCCUUGCACCCCGAAACACUGCACAAAGACACAUACAUUCACCCCCUCAACGCACACACACUUCCUCUCCUCCCAGGAACCUCAUUCAAAUAUUUACCCGGGACACACACACCCACACACACACACACAGACAUACUCACACACAAGAGCCAGGAUGGUGGAGUUUUGAUUGGGUGGGUUGUUUGAGGGGGUCUUCUUUUGAAUGCACGCAUUUUCACUUUCCCCAAAACAAAGGUACAUUUUUUAAAAUGUCAUAUAUUGCAACAUAUUGAUGCAUUUGUCAUACGUUUCUACUUAAAUUAUUAAGCACUUACAAUUUAGAUGUAAUAAUUAUAUGUAAGGGCAAAAUUUAUUUUAGAUAUAAAGUAAAGGAGGAGGGUGAGAUGCUUUCUGCAUUUCUUGAUGACAGUUUGUGUUCCUACAAAAAUAAACAAAAUGAAUAAAGAGGGGUCGCCAUUCAAUUUGAGUUUCCAGGGGGAAGUGCAUGUAUAAUGAAAUGAUAAUGGACUUCAAUGAAGAAUGUCAUCAAUUAUGUACAUAUGUAUUUUCUUUUAAUACAAAGUGUAAUUUUGUGCCAGUGAAAUGGAGUCUGAAUAGUUAUGUGUUUCUUUUAUCCCUGGAAAUAUUUAUUAAACUUUAUAGUUUAUCCGAGUAUGUUGGAUGCUUUGACAAUAAAUGACUAUUUUCUUCAAA